GGCCUACCGGGUUCACCACGAAACGUCCUUGUUGAUUCGUUGUCAUGGUGAGGCUACAUGACACACCUCUAAUCGGCAGAUUUAUUACUCCUAUGGUUUGAAUGACUUGCCCGUGAAAAAAAUACGUUAUAUACAAAGUAUGUAUAACAAAUGAACAUUGACGCGUCUAGCGUUUGAUCAGAUAAAAAAUUGCGUAAUGGUUCACAAUACACUGGGUUUUUGUUUGAGAUCAGAACACCUACUUCAGAAUAUAUACGUAUACUGGCCUCUGCUCGGUAAAAAGACAUUUUAAUUUGUACUAGGAAACUAGUACUAUUAAAAAAUAGUUCAAGACUUUGAGUUGUGGAUUGUGUUAGCGGUUGAACGUCUGUAUUAGCAGACUUUAUUUUAUAUAUACUUGAGAAAAGAAAAUUCGUUCAGUCGGCUAUCUAGGCCUAAUACGGAAAGGAAAGUUUGGGUUGUUUUUGUUGGGCUUUUGUUGUUUCUGGUUAAAUGGUCUGAACUGUUGAAAAUAUGGCUGGUGACGAAGAGAACAGAAAAUUCGACAAACCGAUACUGCCUAAUGGAAACAAACUUAACAGUAUGUUUUGUGUCCAGGACGAAGACGGAGUGUUCCCGGAAAUACCAACGAUCAAAUCUCGUCAAGUGUCCACUCGCAAAAGAAAGGUCAUCAUCACCGGGUCGAACAGGCAGGUCACGAAGACUCCAAAGGAAUCUCUGGUGACUGCCUUCGAAGAGUUCACCACAGACACGGCAAAAGUCAUGAUGUUUUUAAAGAAGAAAGUUCGAGGACGAAAGAGAGAAAAAGAAACUGAGGUGAAAGAGAUUCACAUCACGCCGAUAGAAGAUGAAAGUAAAUGGGGUCAUAGACCAGUCAACAGUGCGACCAGCAGAACGAGUACCGGCACGGCGUACUCUUCCGGCAGUACCAGAAGUAAGGAAGAUGGGAUAGAAGUCGUACACGACAUGGCCAACGACGAUCCUUCUCUUCGGUGACGUCAUCAAGGAAUAUUAAUAAACGAUUUGGUGCUAUUAAUUAGUUUUUAUGUAGAUUUGAUAUUAAUUGUUAUAUUAUAAUAAACUUACUGUAAAUUACACGCAGUUUAAAGGGACAUUCCUGAAUUUGCUGCAAUUUUUAAGAUGUCAUU